GAUCACAGUGUGCCCGACGCAAAAUUUAAACAUUUAAUGGAGAUAUGUUUACAAAGACCGAGAUAUACGAAUUAACCAGAUAUAAAAUGAGUCAGGCUUUUUGUAGAGGACUUCCGGUUUCAUUGUCCGUGAGCCAUUUUAGGACGCUUUGGAAAAAAAAGAAAGGACCGGUCGUCUCUAGCAAAAAAACGUUUAGACUGCAGUGAGAGCAAGCUGAACAGUUGAAUAUACAUAUUUAAUUAUGAAGACAAAGAAAUACUUUUUCUGUUUAUUUAUUGUACUGCUCAUUAUGGAGAAUGGAGAAGGGGAUAAUGCAAACACAUGUGACACCAAACACUUCAAUGAAACUAAGCAAGUGAGAGAAAAGGAGUUUGUCGACGACAGCUUUUAUCUCAACGUAACAGCUGAUUCCAAAUAUUCAAGCAAAUUCGAAGUUAUUUUUGAAGUGUGUGAAAAGCUUGAAACAACACCUCAGUGCACUUUUACAUGGAGAAAACCUUCUAAUAACAUAACAAUUGUACACUGGAACCCAGGCAAUGAAACAAUUUGCUCAGCGAGGUACCAUGAUGUCAACAGCUCUUUAGACAUGUUUGAAUUCCACAUUUCCCAGCUGGUCCGUCGCCACCUUAGCUUCUUGAAGUUGUCCAUAACUGCCAGCAAUGAGGAACCCAAGACACUGAGUCUGUUAUGUCUUGAAGUGCUGUACCAGCCAAAGGUCACGAGUCUCGCAGUUGAUGACAAUGAAGUCACAGGUGAUUAUCUUAUUAAUGAAGGUCAGGAGAUAACUGUGACUUGUUUCUUUGAAAAGGGGAGACCAGCAGCAAAUUUCUAUCUGAUGAAUAAAAAUGGAAAGGAGCUCAAACGUGCUGAUAAUGACAAAAAUAUCAGUCUUACAGUUGCAGUACUUUGUGAAGAUGACUGGCCGAUCAUUCGGUGUGAGGGAGAGAGGUCUGAGUACAACAGAUCCGUUGCAAUUCUUGUCAGAUGUGCUGUUCAGUUUGUAGACAACUCGACACAAAUCCUCAAUUCCUUGUUGCUUGAUGACAUAACACUUCGUGUCAAGGCCCACACCAUAGUCAUCAACUCAUGUCUUCUGACAUCGGUAUCGUUAGAAGACAGAGCCAUAAAGAAAGUAAACUGCACUUUGAAGGGUAAACCUCCUGAUCUCGAAUUAACUAUUCAUCUACGCAAUGAAACGAACAUUGUCCAAGGAAACUGGAUGCUGCUUCUUGAAAACGAGAAAGGGUUAGCAAAGACAACACUGCGUGUCACUUCAAGUAAGUAGAGAAAAUCCAGGUGAUGUAUGAUAUAUGGUAGAUUCUGCAGCAUUGUAUGGGCAUUAAAUAAUGUAACCGGUCUUGGGUUCUUUUACUUUUUAAGUAAGUUUUUAAAAAAAAAAUUUAAUCUGUGGCAAAAUGUUACUUAUACUUAACUAUUGUUAAGGACAACGUUUUAUUUAUUUAUUGGUGAGAAUAAAGAGUUAUUUAGUAACUGCUAAAAGAUAAUUUAAAACCUAUAAAAUAAAAGUUAUUUAGUGAGUGAUAGUCCAGGAGGAAUUAGGCCUGAUGAUGGUCACCAAUUAUUCAACAAAUACCCAUCACACUCACACUCUAACUUGCAGACGCUACAGCUUGCACUGUUGGCUACACACCCCCGUACAUUAACUUCACACAAAAAUGCACGUACAUACAUAGACACUGCCAACAUUGACUGGACAUGACCCACACAUUGCACAGUCACAAUAGAUACCAAAGUAUAUAUGUUAGUAAACCUACAUGGAUGCUUGGUUGUCCGCUGCAUGGCCCUCACAAACCCCAUGAAGGACAUAUUCCACUAAUAUUGUUCGCGAUGUCGCCUGUCAGACAUAUUUUUGUGCCUGACUUUCUCUCAGCGCUCGUGAGGCACCGGCAUUCACGAACUUGUAUUACUGGACUGCAGGCAGAAGAAUGUUUCCAGUUAACUUCUAAAACGAGGCAUGAUACUACGAAGCUUCCGGUUUAGUCACACUCAAUGUUUAGGCUCGCCAAAACUAACAGCGCAGAGCUUCGCAAGAGGCUAAGCGUUGGUCUUGGCAGACAGACAGCAGUCCACCUCUACACGUCCGUACCAGUAAUAGAAAGGCAAGCAGACUACAUCUGACGUCAUACUCCAGGCUAUUUCAUCGGGUUCGCGGUUCCAGGCUUUUUUCGAUGACUGUAGCAACGCCUGACGCCAUGUCCAUGCUAUACACAUGUAGUCUGCUUGAUGCUGUCUGCUGCUUGUUGUACCAAUGGGGGUUCGUUGUUCAUGUCCCCUCCCAAACCUGUUCGCAGUUUUGGCUCGAAAAGCCUUCACGCGCUGUAGCGUCACGUGGGUGUUGUGGGCGCUAGCCAUUGGUUCCAUUUGGAGACAAUGUAGCGAACCCCACAGCGUAGCGUCCCUUUGGGCAUCUUCGUGAGGCGCUGAGAGGAGCGGGUGGUUGUGAAAGGUGAGAAGCCACCUGGGAAAGGUGCCGUGUUUGUACUUGAGUGACCAGCAGGCUAGGGGUUGUACUGUUUGUGGACACAGUAGCCAGGAAUGACCAUUCAAGCUUGACCACCAGGGUCUGUGUGAGACGUAAGUGGGCUUCUGGUACUGUUGGUUGUGAGUGGGUGACCGCCGGACCCAUCACAAGCCGCAUGGGCUUUUAUCAUCGUUAUCACCUUUAUCAUCUUUAUCAUCCUUGCAUUGUUCGUCAUCUUAUUCUUGUUAACUUGUUACAUUCUUCGUAUCCUCAUGUGAUCUAGUCAACAAGGUCCUGGUUCUUGUCCUUGCUGUGUUUCUUCAAUUUCAUCAUCUCCUCUUCUUCACCCUUUCCGCCCUUGUGUGUGCGGAGUCUCAACCAUUCUACGUUUCGUCCUCCCUUCAUUUCUUCGUUCCGUCACCUUCGUCGUCCGCUCCUGCGUCGAGUGGUCAACGAGACAGCCCGGACUGUGGACCAGCAGAGGGUUCCUGCGCACAUCAGACAGACAGUUCAGUGGAAGUCAGCGCGAGAAGCUGAAGGAGAUAGGGUCAACAGAGUACACAGUGCUCCACAUCUAACAUCAGGCCUGAAGGCCUCAAGGGCAAGAACUCUGCCAGUACUGUGCUGGUCUUUGGCGUUUAUCUUAUUACUGUUACCAACUUCUCUCAUUACCAUUUUUGGGGCGUGGGGGUUGUCCCCUAUUUUCUUGCGUGUGUGCGUGGACGCGUAAGUGUAUUUCUUCAAAAAAUGUUUUUUUCUCUUUUCUCAUUUUCAUCUACAUGUGAUUGAAAA